AUGGAUGACAGAGGGACCCCAAGGGUCCGCGAGCUCGACCUGCGCGAAUGCAAGGUCUGCUAUAACGUUGACGGGAUCAAUGUUGUCAGAGGUCUCAAAUGUAGUACCGCCUUCUUCACUUUCCUACGAGCCAACCUCGCCCUGAGCUCUUCCACGAUGGGCUCGCCCGCGAACACGCCUCAGUUCGACCCAAUUAGCGCUCCCGUCGGCUCGAUCCAUUCCGAAUACAUUGUCUCGCCCGCCACCACUGCUUCUCUCACCACUACACCCAAGCCACCAUCGAGCUCCGACGUCACACCCGAUCUCGUGCCCCUCGACGACAUCCCUGAGCUUUCGCUUGACCUGCUUCGGACCCCAGAUGAGCAGAGAGAGGGUCUCGAGCUUCUCGCUGAGACUGUCGCCGGCAUGCGCACCCCCGCCACCGUCACCGUCAUGUCGCACCCGAGCUGCCUCGUGCCCUUUACCACCCUACUCUCCGUCAUAUACUACACGCGCUACACCAUCCCGGGCCACUUCAAAAUCACUGCCUUCUGCACCUACGGCUCUGUAUUCAUCUACAUCUUCCUGAUAUGGUUCCUUGCCCGCCCCUACAAAACCUUUGCCAAAGAUGUGAACCGCGUCUGGCUCGAUGAGGAGGGCCCCGACCGCGAUAUCAUGGUCGGUGCCCGCGGCAAGGACAAGAAGCUCGCCGGGGUCCUUGUCCUGCGCCUCAGCCCCAAGCUCGGUCCCUCCGGCGGCCGUCGUCGCACACGCAGCCUUUCCUUCAAGGGCGGGCGCGGCCUCAUCCGCGCCUGGGCCGUCCGCCGCAAGGCCCGCGGCCGCGGCGUCGGCAAGGAGCUGCUCCAGGAGGCGGUCCGCAUCACCAGAGACCGCUGCGGAAAGGAUGCCGAUGUCGGCUUUGUCAAGAACCACGCCCACAGCCGGCUCAUCUUCCACAACAUGUUUCACAGCUUCUUUCAUAAGGUCGAGGCUGGCGCCGACAAGGCGCUGCGCACGGCUGUAGGCCAGUGGUCUGCGACGAGAAAGAAGAGAAAAUAA